AUGGAUCCUAAUAUAUUUCCAGAAAUGCAUGAGGAUGUACCGAUUCAACAGAUCGGUAUCAUCCCACAAAGUCAACAGUAUCUCAAUAUACAGACAGCGCUUGCUUAUGUUUGCAAGUUCUGUGGGCAGCCAUUCAGCAGCCAAAAUGUGCUCGAAAGACACCUCUCUAAGCACUCUCAAGAUAGGCCUUGGGAAUGCCAACAAUGAGACAAGAAGUUCAAGAGAAAGGAUCACUUAACCAGACAUUACAGUUGAGUCCAUGGCGGUGAUGCUGCCCGAAAGUACAAGUGUCCCUACCCAGGCUGCACAUCACCUGGAUAUGUUGAAAGUUAUCACUUAGCAAGACACAUAGAAUCAGUGCAUGAGAAACUUGAGUGAAACAUGUGCUUAUCCACAUUUACCAAGAAGAACGCUCUUGAAGCUCAUUUAGUCGAAGACCACGGGGUUGAUCCUCCUUUCAUCUGCAUUGUUUGCAAUGCUUAUUUCUUCAGAGAGAAAGUGUUUGAAAUGCACAUUAAGAAGCACGAAACUUCAAAACCAGCCAAGCCAAAGAAUGUGAUAGGUGGGCAGCACAAACUGAGUGAACGAAAUUUGAACAUAAAAACUGAGUUUCCAUCAGAUUUGUCUCCUAAUGCCCCAUUCAAGAUACUAAAGGGGGAAGUUCCUACAUCCCAAUUUCCACCUCCCGAAGAAGAUGGGAUCACUGCUUAUAACAAAGGGCUGAAGCCAGCAGGGCCAUACAAGAAGGAUUACCUGGAGGACUUCUCCAUUCUGACUAAGCCAACAAUUGAGGAUAAAAACUAUAAUUCUACCUGAAUAGACCCAAUUUUGAUGGGGCAGGGACCUAAGGGUGAAGAGUUCAUGAAUGGAUAUUACCAAAAUAUCCAAGGAUUCGAAACCUAUGACAAGACUUCCUUCGGGUUCCCUCGGUUUACUUAUGAUGGAGACAAGUUCAAUAUCCCGACUACCUCUUUAUUCAAGGAGCUCUGAAUUGCUGAGACAUUCGGGCCAGGACCAAAGAAUCAGGUAGAGGAUGAAGACAGUGAAACAAACUGUGAUGUAACACAGGCCUUCCUCAACUCUGCUAUUUUAGAAUAA